AUGGGGGAUGAUGGAAAGAAGAACAGUGGAGAUGGGGGGUUAGUGAAGGUGGAGCCAAAACCCAGCAAUGGUUUCACCUCAAAAGUGAUUGAUUUGUUGGAGAAGCUGGUAGUGAAGUUUAUGUAUGACUCUUCACUGCCCCAUCACUAUCUCACUGGUAAUUUUGCUCCUGUGACCGAGACCCCUCCCACCAAGGACCUUCCUGUCAAAGGGCACCUCCCGGAUUGCUUGAAUGGGGAGUUUGUCAGAGUUGGACCUAAUCCGAAGUUUGCUCCUGUAGCUGGAUAUCACUGGUUUGAUGGAGAUGGAAUGAUCCAUGGUUUGCGCAUCAAAGAUGGAAAAUCUACUUAUGUUUCACAUUUUGUGAAAACUGCUCGUCUUAAACAAGAAGAAUACUUUGGACGGUCCAAAUUUAUGAAGAUUGGAGAUCUCAAGGGUCUAUUUGGACUUUUAAUGGUUAACAUACAUAUGCUGAGAACUAAAUUGAAAGUGCUGGAUGUUUCUUAUGGAUCUGGAACGGCUAAUACUGCUCUCGUAUAUCACCAUGGGAAACUUCUAGCACUCUCAGAAGCAGAUAAACCCUAUGCUAUUAAAGUUUUUGAAGAUGGUGAUUUGCAAACACUUGGAAUGCUAGAUUAUGACAAGAGAUUGGGCCACUCCUUCACUGCUCAUCCAAAAGUUGACCCAAUUACUGGGGAGAUGUUUACAUUUGGCUAUGCACAUACACCACCAUAUAUCACAUACAGAGUAAUUUCAAAGGAUGGUUUUAUGCAUGAGCCUGUACCCAUAACAGUAUCAGAUCCCAUCAUGAUGCAUGACUUUGCCAUCACAGAGAAUUACGCAAUAUUCAUGGAUCUUCCUCUGAUUUUUAGGCCAAAGGAAAUGGUGAAGAAGAAUACAUUGAUAUUCUCAUUUGAUUCAACAAAGAAAUCCCGAUUUGGUGUGCUACCUCGGUAUGCUAAGGAUGAAAAGUAUAUUAGAUGGUUUGAGCUACCAAACUGCUUCAUAUUCCACAAUGCCAAUGCUUGGGAGGAGGAAGAUGAAGUUGUUCUGAUCACAUGCCGCCUUCAGAAUCCAAAUUUGGACAAUGUCGGUGGGACUGUCCAGGAAAAGCUUGAAAAUUUCUCAAAUGAGCUGUAA